AUGCAGGCCCUGGCAGAGCUCAGGGAGCGCAUGCAGAGGUCACCCCUGGGUUGCCCGGACGACGAGACCCUUAAAUGGUACCUCCGUGACAGGUACUUCAAAGUGGAGGACGCAGAGGCCAAGCUCACGUCGAUGCUGAAGUGGCGGCAGGACGAGAAGAUCGACCAGCUGGACCUGUCCCUGGUCCAGGCGGAGCUCGCCACCGGCAAGGCCGAGGUGCACGAGCACACCGACAAGUUUGGACGGCCCGUCGUCAUCAUCCGCGUCACAAAGCACGUCAUUGGCGAGUUCCCCCUGUCAGAGAGCAAGCGCCUCUGCGCCCACGUUCUCGACAACGCCGUCGCGUCGCUGCCGCCCGGCGGGGAGCAGAUCAUGGGCAUAUUCGACCUGAAGGGCUUUGAGCUGCGCAACGCCGACCUCCAAUUCGCAGCAUUCCUCGUGGAGGCUUUCUUUGAGUACUACCCCCGCAGGAUGGGCCAGGUGCUCAUGGUGGACGCGCCCUGGAUCUUCCAGCCCAGCUGGGCGGUCAUCAAGCCCCUACUCCGCAAGUACUCAGCCCUGGUGCGCUUUGUGGACCGGCCCACACUGCAGCGGGAGUAUUUCGAGGCGGGGAAGCUGCCUCAGGACCUGCAAGUAUGA